AUGCUUUACAUGUGUGUAACAUCGAUCUCUAUUGGAUUUCACAUCAAUGGAGCGGCAACAGCUCGUCAGAGCGCAUCACGAUUGCGAGAUAUCUUGGACGAGUCUCCUCAAAUCGAACGCGACUACGGUUUUGCUGGAGACAAUCCUCGGCAGUGUCUACCGGGCCCAAAAUACCGCCGCCAAAGCAUGAAGUAUAUGGGAAAAGGAGCUAUCCAUUUUCGUGACAUACACUUCAGCUAUCCCAGCAGACCAGAUGUUGAGGUUCUCAAGGGAAUAACGUUCUCCGUUGAAGCUGGUGAAAAGGUAGCUCUAGUCGGCUCCAGUGGUUCAGGCAAGAGUACUCUCACGGCAUUGUUGCUCCGAUUCUAUGACCCUGAUAGCGGGUCGGUAAGUGUGAAUAUGUGUGGUGUAGGAUUAGGUACUACUAGCCUUAAACAAUUCCUCUACAAAGAGAUGCGCACUCCUUCUUUAAUCAUAAACGAGCGACGAAAGAGU